AUGCCGUCCCUCAAACGCAUGCCGUCGUUCCCGAACGCUAAGGACCAAAGUGACCGUGGCUCUGAGAGUGCUGGAUCAGCCUCUCCAUCUGAUUCGCGAAAGCGACAGCGCACCACCGAAUCCUCAUCCUCAAACAACGGCACGGAAGCGGGCAGUCACGAGUCCGAUGCAGCCUCUCUCCCUGAUGAUCUGACUAUGGAUGACGCCGAGUUGGAAUUUCGGCAAACACAACUCAUUCAAGAGAAAUACGCCCAAGUUGAAGAAGAUUCAAACAUCCCCGCCGAUCAUGGGAUCUUGGAACGUGUUGAAUGCUACAACUUUAUGUGUCAUGAUCACUUUCAGGUGGAAUUGGGGCCGCUGAUCAACUUCAUCGUUGGGAAGAAUGGCAGUGGUAAAAGCGCGAUCCUGACAGGCAUCACUCUCUGUCUGGGAGGCAAAGCAUCUGCCACCAAUCGCGGUCAGAGCUUAAGGAAUUUCAUCAAAGAAGGCAGAGAAAACGCCUCCAUCGUCGUGCGGAUCAGGAACCAAGGAGAUGGCGCCUAUAUGCCAGACGACUACGGGAAAUCCAUCAUCGACAUGGCCCGUCAGUUCCUCAGUACUUCGAGUCCUGCGGAAAAGUACAAAUUUUUCGUUAAAGGCGUACAGCUGGAGCAGCUUGAUCAGGAUUACCGUCUCAUCGAAGAAUCAGUCGACCAGAUCGAGGAGAAACUGAGAGGCAAGGUACAGGACCUUGGCUUCCUGACCAACCGUAAGGAUGCGGCAAGAAAAAAGUUGGAGCUCUCUGAUCAGCACGAUUCUUUGAGAGAGCGAAAAAGAAUCAUAUCGCAUCAGAUGGCUUGGGCACAAGUCGAGGAAAUGGAAAGAAAACGAGAUGCUUUGAAUGACCAAGUUUCCCGGGUCGAUAGCCAGAUAGCAGAUGCUGAAGCUGCAAUAGGUCGUUUUGACGACGCACUUCAGGCCGUUGAGGCCGACUCUGAAAGAGCAGCGGAGCAUGCAUUCCGAGCCGAUUACGAGUGUGAGGAAGCCCGCAGCGAGAGAGAGAGGAUCAAGGAGAAGCUCGACGAGACAAUGAGUCAGCGGCAUGAUCUCCAGGCCGAGCAAAGACAGAUUAAGGAGUAUCUCGAAGCUGCGAAAACUAGAAUCGCGGAGACACAACACAAAAUGGAGAUUGAGAACCGACGACUCACGGAGGCGAGCGACGGAGGAUACGCGCGAAAACAGGAGGAGUGUGAGCAAAGCGCAACCCGAGCUAUUGCAGCCCGCAAAAAAUACGAUGACCAUCAACCUGGUGUCACAAGCUUGCACGAAGACGUCAAAAUCGCAAGCAAGAAUAUGGAAUCAGCACAAAGGCAUUGGGAGUCUAAAAGGAACGACGUCAGACAUGCAGAAGACAGACUGCGGGCCCUGACUAGGGAGGAUGGGCAACGACGCGACGGCUUUCCGGACAGGAUGCCGGCACUUUUGAAAGCCAUUCAGCAAGAAGCAUCGUUUACCAGUAAACCGAUAGGGCCGAUAGGUGCCCACAUCACCUUGCUCAAGCCAAAGUGGUCAUCCAUCCUCGAAAACUCAUUCGGCGGCACCCUCAGUAGUUUCAUCGUGAGCAAUAAGAGGGACAUGAGUAUUCUCUCGAACCUCAUGGUGAAAGUGAACUGCCAAUGUCAAAUCUUCAUCGGACAAGGUGGCCAUAUCGAUACUUCAGCUCAUGAACCCGAUCCAAAUUACGAUACGGCGUUAAGGAUAUUACAGAUCGACAAUCACAUGAGAAAAGCCUCGGCCGUUCUGUUUGAUGGCCAACGACCGAGAAAUGUCAAGCGGUGCUUCUGUAUCGACUCAAGAGAUCGACGCCGAGGAAUUCAUCUCUCAUAUAACCGCAUGGGUGAGCCCAGCCAGGCGCCAGUGGGAGUGUAUCAUGGUCAUCCCCGCAUGCAAUCUGAUCUAGCCUCGCAGAUCAGCGCAAAACGUGAAGUCAUUCAAGAUUUGGAACGUCAGCUCCAUGAUUCGGAACAGGAACUUCGAUCUUCUCGAGACCGCUGGGAAAAGUGCAAACAGGCGAAGCACUUCGAGAUGCCCCUCGACAAAGACAAUGCUGAGGACGGGCAGAUCGAAAGUCUUCGAGCCGCUCUUCAAGAAGCCGAAGAUGAAAAAAGCCAUUAUGAGAUGGCAUACGCUGACAGUCAGGCGGCAAUGAGCGAGCUCAUGGACAAAUUGAAGUUGAUUCGGCGAGAGAUCAAGGCGCAGGACGAAAAAAUCCUGGGCUUGGAGAAAGCUUCGAACGUUGCUCAAAGCGAAAACUUGCAAGUGCAAAACCGACGCCGUGAGCUCAUCAGUGAUAAGAACACUGCCCUUGAAAGCAUUGCGGAGCAAAAAAGAGACCGAGAUGAGGUUAAAGAGAAACUGGACGAGGCGUCAUCAGCCGUGCUGCGUUACAUUGACAGGGCGAGUCAUGUUUCGGCGCGAGUCCCGGUCGACGAGGGGGAAACCGGACAUAGUCUCGAUCAGAAGCUGGUGAGGUUAGAAAGAGACUUGGCGCGUUAUGACGCAGAACUGGGGGCGCCACGAGAUGAGAUCGCCGCAGAGGCUGGUCGAGCAGAAACUGCGUGGAGGCAGGCGAAGGACGAGGUCGACAACUUGACGAAGCUUGCCCAAUUUUUUAAAGAUACUCUAAACGAACGAAAGAAGCGAUGGGAGAUCUUUAGAUCACACAUUUCAUCUCGCGCCAAAGCACAGUUCACUUACCUUCUAAGCGAGAGAGGUUUCCGCGGUCGACUGCUCACAGAUCACGUUGGGAAAUUACUUGACGUUCAGGUCGAGCCCGAUAUUACCAAGGAGGACAGCACUGGUCGUGGUGCGAAGACACUCUCUGGUGGUGAGAAAUCUUUCUCACAAGUGUGUCUACUUUUAGCACUCUGGGAAGCUAUGGGAUCUCCCAUCCGCUGUCUAGAUGAGUUCGAUGUCUACAUGGACCACAUCAAUCGAAAGAUGGCUAUUGAUAUGCUCAUGUUUGCUGCUCGGCGCUCAAUCGGGCGACAGUUUAUCCUCAUCACACCGGGGAGCAAGACAGACAUCACUAUCUCCUCUGACGUACGGGUCAAGGAGCUUGCUGAACCCGAGCGUGGGCAGACCACCUUGAACUUUCAGCGCUAA